AACUACACUUCUACUAGUUACUACCGUUCAGCUACGAUCCUAGUAUCCCUGCAAUUGUACGCCACUGUCUCGCUAGUAAUUUGAUGCAGGUCGUCUUGCUACUCCGGCGCAACACAGCAGAGGUUUGUUCCUCCGCGCGCCUUUGCUACUAGCAUGGAUGACUAUAUAUGUUGUCUUCACUGCUUUCGGUUCAUGUAACUUUGCCUCCUUUUAUUAUUCCCGUCUUGAAAGUGCUUAUGUAUCUAACCACUCCUUCCGUCUGGUUCAGGCUUUGCCUCUUGCACUUUACGACUGCCAUCGCCCGCCCGACGUCCCGUAUACGCGGGCAUCCAUCUCAUUCUCUGCCGCUGUACGACCCUAUACCUGGUCUUUGCAGCUCGACACCGCACAGGUGCUUCAUCCUCGAUUUCGUGACAUGCCGCCCUAGACCAUGGCAUCACUUUGGCUGUGUUGCCUUCACUCUCUGUCCGAUCUUUCAGCCUACCUGUCAUGUGUAUAAGUAAUGAGCAGUUCUGCGACGAGACCUCCAUGCUCCUCGCGAGAUUACAUUUGGGAGGUUUUCGGUGGUGCUGCGUAGCCCCUCUUUUCCGCCGACGCGGGGCUCUGGUCACAAUAUCUGACGUGUUUCUAUGGGUGCCUUGUUCCACUCGCGAAUAUUGCGGCUGACAUCCGGACUCUAGUGGGUGUCUUACCCCCCACUGUCCUGCAUCUCGGACGACACUUCAUCCCAGGGCAAUGUGCGUGUUUUAUUUCCACGCCCCUGUACGACGUUGGAUCCUAGACUGUUAAUUGGCGCAGGUUUGGCAUGUGUGUAGCAUUCGUCUUGCGGGUCAUAUAUUUGGAGGGAGUGUAUUCGUGUGCUCAGUGCGGUUCCUUUCUCGUUCCUUUCAACUUCUCUCACCAGUUACUCUUACCUAUUACCUGUCAGUCUAAAGUCUUUACUCUAGUUACCCUUAUUAUGACUUUGCUUUCAUUAAUUAACUCGAGGCGCCG